AUGCUGGGAGAGCUGCAGCGGGCAUUGACUCUCACCAUGGGUGAGAUAAUCAAUGUUCGCAUCGCUGGCCUAGAGGACCGACUCCUUCCGGCGAAGAGGGUCCGUCCGCCACUACAGGCGGACUCAAGGAGAGAGGCGGAACCGGUGGCCUGGCCCUCCAAACCAGCCGCAGCCCAAGCGGCGAAGAAGGCGCCUUCAUUUCAAGCAAUUUGCUUGAAAACGAUGCUCAUUGGGACACAACAAUCGGUUGCUAGCGUAAAUGCUUCUGAAUGGACUAUUCGAAGAAAAUUGAAAGAAUUAGAUUUUAAAGCCUGUCGCCCCGCCAAGAAGCCCAAGUUAACAGCUGCUAUGAAAACAAAACGACUGAAGUGGGCCAAGCAAUGGCAAGACAAAGAUGUGAACUUCUGGAGAUCGGUCUGCUUCAGUGACGAAAGCACAUUCGAAAUUUUACAGAAUAAAGCUCAGUAUGUGCGUCGUCAUCCAGGAAAAAAGUUUCGUCCUGACUUCUUCGUUACAACAGUUAAACAUCCCACCAAAGUGAUGAUUUGGUCAGUCAUCAGUGGCAAGGGCACUGGACGUCUGUACGUCGUGAAAGGAAUAAUGAGGCAAGACCAGUACAAAGAUGUUUUAGAAAAUCGGUUGAUUCCGCAGCUCAGAUAA